UACCAGGCAGUGCACAGCGCUCGUUGCAAUAUCUUAGACCCACUAGUAUGGCCACUGCAAACAAGAUUUUUCGGUAUUUGGCAUCGCUCUUUGCCAUAUGCUUUAUUUCGGCUGAGUCAAGCGAGGAACUCUUCAGGGGCUUUGCCAACUUGACUUCGGGAGACGAGAACUGCCCCGCGGGUUACACGCUCGUAGGAAGCCAGUGCCUCAUGUUCGUCACCUUCGCUGAACAGAGCCACAGUGAUGCGAGACAAGUGUGCCACUCUACCUCGGGAGAACUGCUAGCCAUUACUACACCUACGCAGUUUGUGCACGUUGUAAAUCAUAUCUAUGUUUACGGUUACACUGGACGACAGAGAUAAGGCAACUGGGUGACUUCCUCUGGCCAGGCGGUCCCUCGAGGAACUCCCUUCUGGGCGGCCUUCCAAGACACCCAACAGCCUGAUAACGCCCACGGAAGCGAGCAUUGUCUAGAGAUAGAGUAUACCGUGUUUUUCUACCUGACGAAUGCAGUUUGCGAGGAUAAUAACAACUUCAUUUGCCAGCACAGGCCUUAAAGAUGUAAAGGACCAACUUUAAAACUGGCAUCAACAGGUAAGCGAGACUUAACCCCAACCACUCAAGUUUCAAAGGCAGCUCACUUGGAAGCCUACAGUGGCCAGUGUCCAAUGUUUUGCAUGGAAGUCGGAGGCCUUUGCCUCACGUGGGCGGAGGAGGUGUGGCACGAGGCUUAG